CUUCAGGGACGAUGAUAAAGCCCUGCUUAUUGAUCAAGGAAAACACCUCAUUCCGUGGAUGGGGGAUGAGACGUUGAAAAUCGACAGAUUAUAAGUAUUUCGCAGAAAUUAACCUAUGUUGCGGUGUUCGUGCGAAGGUUCCAAGCUAUACUUCGAUCUCGUGCGGAGAAAUAUAGGGUGACCUCCAUCGGUGGUAUGUAUAACACAUAAAGGUUCCAUUCAAAACAAAUCAGUAUGUACAAGAUAGACCAGUUUAUCAAAUAUAGCAGGCAACAUAUUUUCAGGUUUGAGAUAUAUUAAAUUGAAAGCCAUUGAUAUGAAUUAAGCCUAGGGUUGUUUUUUAAGUUUACUUAAUUGUAAACUAAUUUAAUCCAAAUUUUCUAAGAUAAAAAUCUUGCUUUAAUUAAGACUUUAUACCUAUUUAUCCAUGUACAUGUUGUAAUUCACUCAGAAGCUUAUGAAUGACAUUGGAAGAACAAAUUCUAGUAUCCUAUGUUAUAAAUAUUUUCAUUUUGUUCUGUAAGAGAUUUGAUUGAUAAGUUCUAAGUAUAAAACUGUCAAAUGACAUGGCUAUGCCAUGCUGAAUGUUUAUAUUUUUGUGUGUGAUAUUGAUGUUAUCUUGGCAGAUAUGACGCAAGAGGAGCCCUUCACGACCUCUCCGCUUGUGAGGCUCCACCCGGGGGUUAUGACUGGCGUGUGGAGCUCACUCGCUCGGAGCUGGACGUGGAGCAACUGUGCGACGAGGAGAGAUACCGGGCUCUCCACACUGACGAAGACGAGGAGGAGAUGUAUAAAGAGGAAGAGUUGAAACGUCUGCAUGCAGCUGGCUAUGGUCAAGUCGGCUUCAAUUACGAUGCUCCAGAGGAGAAAACACCACAAGAACCAGAGGCUGAAGUGGAGGAGCCUUUUGAAGCACCCCCCGAGUUGAAACACCAGUUGCCUGAUGACAUGGUUUUGCCUGAAUCCCUCAAGCAGCAUGCGAUAAUUGAGAAGACAGCGAAGUUCAUCGCAUCCCAAGGGGUCCAAAUGGAGAUACUUAUCAAGGCGAAGCAGGGUGACAAUCCACAGUUCAAGUUUCUCAACAAGGAUUCCCAUCUGCACCCAUAUUACUUGGCGCUCAUCGGGCUCGUGAAGGUCGGGAAGUGGCCAGAGAAGAAAGUGGAAAUUGUUGAAGAGAAUCCAAAUGAGAUGAACAAUGAAUACCUCCAUCCAAGUCUGGCGUCCACAAUCAUAGAAUUGGCUCCGUCGAUCCCGAGCAUCCACUACAAGCCGUCGGCGGACUGCGACUACACGAUGCUAAUCAGCAAGAUGCGCGGUUCCGCGGGGACGGAGGACGCGCCGGCGCCCGGCGAGGUGGCGCCGCCCGGCACCGAGCCGCUCCCCCCGCCGCACAUCAGCCGCGCGCCCGUUAUAUACAGCCAUCCGAGAGAUCCCACAGCGCCGCCGCAGUACCCGGUGCCGCCGGCACCCACGCCGCCCGCGCCCCCCGCGCAGCUGCCCCCCGCUCGCUCCACUGGCCUUAGUCUUAUGAGCCACUAUAAUACUGACAGCGACACUGAUGAAUCGGAUACCGAGGACUCAUCAUCAUCAGACAGCAAAGAAAAGCCGAAAAUUAAAAUCGUCGAACCACCCGAUGAAGUGAAAGUUGUGAUCGACAAGAUGGCCGCCUACGUCGCACGAAAUGGCGACGAGUUUGCGGAGAUCGUUCGCGCCAAAAACGACCCACGAUUCACAUUCCUUGACCCCGAGAAUGAGUAUCACGCGUUUUAUAAGAAACUCAUGCAGGAAAAACGAGGUGUUAGUACCAACGGACAGAAGAACAGCUCCAAGAAUAAUAACCCCCCAGUGUCGUUUUCAAUCAAGAAACUCAAGGAGCCUGACCCAAUACUCCCCAAACCGGCGUUGCCCUACGAGUCCAGCUCAGACGAGGAAGAUAACAAAGAGGAAAAAGCAGAGGAACCGCCAAAAGAAGUCCCCAAAACGAACAUUCCACAAGUAUACUCCGUGAACAAUGUACCCCCUGUAGUUGUUUACAAGAUGGAGGGAACUAUGAACAACCUACCCAUCGUCAAGGCUAUCGAAGCCAAACCUCAGGUGGUCCAGAAGGCAGUGCCGAUGGAAGCCAAUUCUAGUGUACCUAAAAUACCGCAGACGAUCGUGGAACAUGCCCUAAUAGUUCCACCACCAAUGAAACCGGAAGUCACAAAAGUGGAAGUGAAAGAAAAAACGCCGGAGGUAUACAGAGUAAAAGAGAAAGAGAAAAAAGACAAAGAUAGAUCGUCCUCGAGUAGAGAGAAACGAAAACAUAGGGACAAAAAGAAGGAUUACAGGUCUAAAUCUGAAAGUAGGGAAUUGAGGAGAGUCGAAGAGAAAGACAGAAGGAGAGAAAAAGACGACAGGGAGAGAAAGAGAAAGAAAGAUGGCAAAGAGACGGCGGAGACGGAAAUAAUAUCCCUAGUAGAUAAUUCCGAUGAAAUGAUAGACCUGACUGAUGAACUAUCUGAUUCUAAAGGUGAUGGCGCGUCGCGCGGUCUGGGACGGCGCGCGGCUGAGCUGCUGCAGCGUGCGGGCGUCGACCCCGCCGCCGCACAGAACUCUUCCUCGCUCGCCAGCGCCAUGGUCGACACGUUGGAGUCUUUACGAAAGAAAAAAGACGAAGAAAGGCGACGGAGAGAGAAGAGGAGAAAGAAAGAAAAGAAAGAUUACGGGGACGAAGAUAGACAUAAGCGUUCUAAACGGAAAUACGACAGGUCGUCGGAUGAAGAUGGGUCGGAUUAUGAUGGAUCACGACGGAAGAAACGAAAGAAGGAGAGAAAACAUACUAAAAACAAAAAGAAGAGGAGAGAAGAGAGUGAUUACGAAGAAGAUCAGCCUAUCAACAUAGACCUCACCAGCACUCUCAAAGAACUACGGAAUGCCUCUCCCACUAAGGAGCUAGGGCUACAAGAAGUGAGAAAGGAGACUCCAGAAGAAGAUAUACUGAGGAGAAAGAAAAAGAAAGAGCGAGAAUAUAGUGAGGGGGAGUGGUCCAGUGACAGUGAUGAAGACUCUCUCUCUAGUGCCAGCCAAGCGUGAGUUGGUAUUGAUGUAAUCUACAUAGAAAUUGUAGAUGGUAAAGGUGGCUUUCCAAUCCUUGCCGAAAGCGACCGCGACAGACAAUAAUUCAAACGAAAUAAUAAAUAAAGUACACUAGGCCCUCGAUAGUCCGAACCCCAGCUAAUCCGAAUACCUCUAUAAUCCGAACGACCUCCCUCCCCGCACAAAUCACUCCCGCAGUCGCGCCACCGCAUUCUAGUGUCGAGUUAGACGUACUACACGUAUAAUUUGUUUUUGACCGCCCCACGCGUUAUUCCGCCAUUUUGUUAUAGGUACACACUUUGUACUGUAUUUGUGCGUUUUACCAUGGCUUCAACAUCAAAAAAAUGCCUUUAAAAAUGUCUACAUACUAAUCCGAAUGCUGCGUCCAUCCGAACAGGGUAUAUAUUUUGGGUGUUUGGACUAUCGAGACCAUCGAGGCCCUACUGUAGUUACCCAGGCUAUUUUCUACCGACAUAGGUCUAGCGAACCAUGCCGCCGUUGCUUUGUAAUGGCGUGGAGCACAAUGAAACCUUAUAGCCUAGGUCAUAAACUGGCAUUUUUUUAUGUAUUGUCAGUCGUGAUCGCUUGCCGCGUUGAUCAGGACGGUACCUUAAUACUCUUUGUCUGAAUAUUUUGUAUAAUUGUGUGUGUAUGAAAAGUGAUGCAUAUGUGUAUGUGAGUCCUCUAGUGUGUGAGAUAUUCCACACAUGACUAACAGGCGGCCCGAUUCUCAAACACUCGAAGCCUUGAAUGUCGUGGUCGUCUAAGCGGGCCCCUAGACGAGCAAUUUUAUUGCUUAAUAUCACGUUUUGCG